AUGACGGAGGCAGUGAUAAGGAACAAGCCAGGAAUGGCAAGCGUGAAGGACAUGCCCAUCCUUCAAGAUGGCCCUCCUCCUGGUGGUUUCGCUCCCGUCCGAUUUGCUCGUAGGAUCCCCAACACGGGUCCUAGUGCUAUGGCCAUCUUUCUCGCUGCUUUUGGUGCCUUUUCUUAUGGCAUGUACCAAGUCGGACUGGGAAAUAAGGCCCGCAGAGCACUGAAGGAAGAGAAGUAUGCUGCACGCAGGGCGAUCUUGCCGCUGCUUCAAGCUGAAGAAGACGAAAGAUUUGUGAAGGAGUGGAAGAAGUAUCUUGAAUAUGAGGCAGAAGUAAUGAAGGAUGUUCCUGGUUGGAAAGUUGGUGAAAGUGUCUAUAAUUCUGGGAAAUGGAUGCCCCCAGCAACUGGGGAGCUGCGUCCAGAGGCCUGGUGA